CUGCGACCGCGUGGGUUCGGAAGUUCCGCAGUCCCGCUUGAAGUCCCAGAGCGCCUUCCUGUAGUCGGCUGCCUCUCACCUGGGCGCAAAGGGAGAAGCGGUGAGAUGACUGACCGCUACACCAUUCACAGCCAGCUAGAGCAUCUGCAGUCCAAGUACAUCGGCACCGGCCACGCGGACACCACGAAGUGGGAAUGGCUGGUGAACCAGCACCGCGACUCCUACUGCUCCUACAUGGGCCACUUCGAUCUUCUCAACUACUUCGCCAUUGCCGAGAAUGAGAGCAAAGCGCGAGUCCGCUUCAACUUGAUGGAGAAGAUGCUGCAGCCUUGCGGCCCGCCAGCUGACAAGCCGGAGGAGAACUGAGUCCCCGCGGUAUCACCGCUGUACAGGUGCUUACCCAGGGCGUCCCGCAUGACCUGCCUUCCUGUGGACCGUUUUCCUGUGGAACACAGCGUUGGGAGACCGUCAGGACCCCUGAGAACUGUGACUGGACCGUGGAGCAAACUUUAGAGAAGACGGCACUGGAGUGAGACGGGAUUUAGAGGCUCGUUUUCGGCUAGUUGAUUGUUGCUUUUUACAUAAAGUUUAGAAAUGUUUCA